GAAGACGAGUGUCAAGUGAACCUGAAACUUGCGGUGUCACUGGCUGGUAGCCUGAGUGUGAGUGAGUGAUCGAGCUAGCUGAGCUCCGAUCCUCGCUAGCUAGGAUACCGCCAUACCACAAGUCUUCUUCACAAGUUUAGGAGUGACAGCAACAAGAGAUCGAUGGCCUCUGCCACCGUGCUCAAGUCCUCCUUCCUUCCCAAGAAGUCCGAAUGGGGCGCCACCAGGCAGGCCGCCGCGCCCAGGCCGCCCACCGUCUCCAUGGUCGUCCGCGCCUCCGCCUACGCCGAUGAGCUCGUGAAGACCGCGAAAACGAUCGCGUCGCCGGGGCGGGGCAUCCUGGCGAUGGACGAGUCGAACGCGACGUGCGGGAAGCGGCUGGCGUCCAUCGGGCUGGAGAACACGGAGGCCAACCGGCAGGCGUACCGCACGCUGCUGGUCACGGCGCCGGGCCUGGGCCAGUACAUCUCCGGCGCCAUCCUCUUCGAGGAGACGCUGUACCAGUCCGCCGUCGACGGCCGCAAGAUCGUGGACAUCCUGGCGGAGCAGGGCAUCGUGCCGGGGAUCAAGGUGGACAAGGGCCUUGUCCCGCUCGCCGGCUCCAACAACGAGUCGUGGUGCCAGGGCCUGGACGGCCUGGCGUCCCGCGAGGCCGCCUACUACCAGCAGGGCGCGCGGUUCGCCAAGUGGCGCACCGUCGUCAGCAUCCCUAACGGCCCCUCCGAGCUCGCCGUCAAGGAGGCCGCGUGGGGGCUCGCACGCUACGCCGCCAUCUCACAGGACAACGGGCUUGUGCCGAUCGUGGAGCCGGAGAUCCUGCUGGACGGCGAGCACGGCAUCGAGCGCACGUUCGAGGUGGCGCAGAAGGUGUGGGCCGAAACCUUCUACGCCAUGGCGGAGAACAACGUCAUGUUCGAGGGCAUCCUGCUGAAGCCGUCCAUGGUGACGCCCGGCGCGGAGGCCAAGGACAGGGCCACCCCGGAGCAGGUGGCCGCGUACACCCUCAAGCUCCUCCACCGCCGGAUCCCCCCCUCCGUGCCCGGGAUCAUGUUCCUCUCCGGCGGGCAGUCGGAGGUGGAGGCGACGCAGAACCUCAACGCCAUGAACCAGGGGCCCAACCCGUGGCACGUGUCCUUCUCCUACGCGCGGGCGCUGCAGAACACCUGCCUCAAGACCUGGGGCGGCCAGCCGGACAAGGUCAAGGCGGCGCAGGACGCGCUGCUGCUGCGCGCCAAGGCCAACUCCCUGGCGCAGCUCGGCAAGUACACCUCCGACGGCGAGGCCGCCGAGGCCAAGGAGGGAAUGUUCGUCAAGAACUACAGCUACUAAUUAAUCGCCCGGCCAUCACCCGGGAUACCGCCGCCCCUCCGAGAGAUACGUGUGUACUGAUCAUGGUUAAGCACGUACUCCGAUCCAUUCCCAUCCCAUGAAGCCAUGAUAAUGAUGAUAUGAUCCAUGGACCAUGCAUGGUGCUCUGGUCGAUGCCGUACGUGUGUCCCUGAUACAAUACUAUUUUAGUACUGAUGCUAGUCAUCAUAUAUAUCGAUCGAGCUCGCCACUGCGAAGUCUGAGAUAAUGCAUGUAUGCUUGACGGCGAGAUCUGAGGAAAAAUAAUUUCUAUAUAUGCAUGUUUCGAGAUGGCUCUCCCUUAAUUAAUUAUUACAUACCGUGUGUUACUAGCUU